AUGGAGAUCGACACGAUGAUCCACAGUAUCUGCGCGAAUCCGGCCACCUACCAGAAGUACAACUGGACGCUGGGCGACAAGUUUAAGAAGACGGCCAAGUCGGAGCUGCGCGAGGACGAGCACAUCCGGUCGCAGGGUUUGGCGCAGAUGCGCGACUGGAUCGCCAAGAGCUCGCACAUCAAAAAGUGUCGCACCGACGCGCUGUUCCUUCUGCGCUUUCUGCGGACGAAGAAGUACUCGAUACCGCAGGCGUGCGCCAUGCUGGAGAGGUACCUCACGAUACGCCAGACCAACCCGGUCUGGUUCGAGCGUUGCGACAUCAACGAUCCGGAGAUUGAGGCUAUUAUCGAUGGGGGAUACAUCGUGCCUUUGCUGGAGCGUGACGAUCACGGUCGACAAGUGAUCCUCUCGGUGGCAGGAAACCUGGACCUGACACGCGUCUCAUCAGCCCUGCUGGCUCGCGUGCACUUUUUCGUGCAGGAAGUACUGGCGGACGACGAACAGUCGCAGAUUUGUGGUUACGUGCAUUGCAUUGACGACCGGGAAUUGUCGAUGAAGCUGAUCGGCAUGUGGUCUCUAGUGGACAUGAAAAAAGUGGUUGAUUGCAUACAGAACGCGAUCCCAAGUCGCAUCAAUGGCAUCAAUCUGAUCGGACUUCCCUCCGCGGCUGCUACAUUUCUAGAAUUGUGCGUAUCGCUCCUCAGUGACAAGCUGCGCAAGAGAAUCAAUCUAUUUCGCACCGUCGAUGACUUCGCCGGCAAGAUGAACCGCAAGAUUUUGCCUAAGGAGUACGGUGGCACCGUACCGAUGGCCGACAUGAUCGCUCAGUUCAAGGAGCGCUGCCGCCAGAAGCGAGCACAACUCCUGGCCCUAGACGAGAUGCAGAUCGAGCUGUCGAAGGUACCGGGCCACUGUCCUGACUCGUGCCGACGGGACCUGGAAGCCGGCAUGAUCGGUAGCUUCCGCAAGCUGGAGGUGGACUAG